CGCAGUCUUUUCUUGAAACAGUAUCUUGAAAAUGGCGUCGAGCUCAAUGUCGUCGCACGGUUCCGGUUCGUGGACGGCGAAGCAGAACAAGGAUUUCGAGAGGGCUUUGGCCGUUUACGACAAAGACUCAGCCGACCGUUGGUACAAUGUUGCCAAGGCUGUCGGAGGUAAAACUGCGGAAGAAGUGAAGAGGCACUACGAGCUGCUGGUGAAUGAUGUGAUGAAAAUCGAGUCGGGUCAAGUGCCAUUCCCCAACUAUAGGACCACCACCGGCAGGAACUCCGGAGGAUGA